GUUCGAAUUUGUGCACAUUUCACGCACGAUUAUUUAUUUUGCGUAUGAACUGCUCUUCUAAUCGCCGAAACCGGUACUUCGUCUCAAAUGUGAACGAAUUAUGCCUGUGGUAACGAGAUCAUGUAGAAAACAAAAGGGAAGACCGAGGAUCGAAGACGCAACGCCAGCGACCUCUUGUAUCGAUCGUCGAAGGUAUCCGACACGUUCUUCUGUGAAACGAAAGAUACCUGUAACUCAACAAGACAAGGAGAAAAAUGAUUUAGAACCACCCUCUAAGAAGGCCCCAAGCAACAGAUCUUCCAGAAAUGUUUCUAAAACUUCCAAGAAGUUACCAUUUCAAGAUAUCAGUAACACUUUAGACCAAGAUCAAGGUGGUGGUAGUAAGUCACAUGCACGCAAAGUUUCAAGAUGUGUGAGUCACAAUAAUAACAAAAAAACAGCCAAGUCACAACCUAACAGAGAAGUUGUCAACAGUGAAAACCAUGCAGGAAAAGGAAGUCCCUCUUUAGAGAAAAACGAUGGUGUUCCUGAUGACAAUAUUGUGGACCCCAAAACACCUGCUGGUUGCAUCGCUGCAAGAAUCAAGAGUUACAGUGCCUUUCGUCGCAGUCAGAAGAAGAACCAAGUCAGAAGUGAUGUGGAUAAAGAGAAUGCAAGUUGCUCUCCAGUUGACUCAGCAGCAGUUACAUCUCUCCCAGAAGAAGUCAGUCCUAGUUCUAUAACAAAGGGUGAGGAAAAGGAAUCAGAAUUGAAUUCUGAUCCUGAGAGUGAUGAAGAUAUUCUCUGGAGAAUAAGCAGGAGUUGUAAUGUUCAGAAAGAGGAUUCCACGCCAGAUAGUAAGUCUGCUGAUCAGAGCUCUUACAAGGAAAAGUACUUCACUCUGUUAUCCGCAAUGAAGCAAAUACAGAACACAUUUCUAAGGGCUCAACAAAAUGCAGAGAAGAAUGUAAAAGCAUAUGACAAUUUUGUGAGCAAUCUGAAAUCAACCCUCAGCACAGAACAACAGAAAAACUCUCUCCUGAGCGAAGAGCUAAGGAUGAAGAAGGGAUCUGUUGAGAGAUUACGCAGUGAGCUUGAAAAUACAAAAGAGCAGUUGAAAUUUAUGAGAGAAGAUAAAGCAAAUAUGAAGAGGCAUGAGCAGGAGGAAGGUGAAAAGAAAAAGGAUUCACCCAGAGAAACAUCUGAAACAAAUAACAAAGAGCUACUGCAAGUGAUUGAAGACCAAAAGAGUUUGAUUAGUUUUUACUCUCUUCUAACGGGAAUUUCAAUGUCACGAGAGAACACUUGUGAAGAUACAAGCUCCUUUCACAGCUUCAAUUGCACUUUCUUUCCAGCCGAGAAAACAGCUCAUCAUUUGCAGUUUAGGCUGACUCACGACACAGAAUUUGAUGAGAUUGAAUACAGUCCUAACCCAAAGAGCCCUGGUUCCGAAGAUAUUCUGUUGAACUUGCCCAAUUAUCUCCAGGAUAAUAUGUUUUUCGGUUCUGAUCAGGCUACGAAUUUUAUGGAAAAAUUGUUUAAGACAGUUAAGGGGUAGCAGUAUAAUAGAACUUUAGUUAUUUACCAGUUUAGUAACCUGCAAGCAGGCCCUUCGUUUUAAGUGCUUCGGUUCGAGCGUUUCUUCGACCGCGGGAAAUUUUGGUGUACUCUCCCCAACUCAAUCAUCUCAAAUCUUUCCGCGGGCGCAAAAUUGCGCGUCCUGCAGCGCUUAUGAUUAGGGCUCUGGUCGCAGGCUACCGGUUUAGUAAGUUUAGAGUAGUUAUUAGGGUUUUUAAACUUUCUUUUGAUUUAUAAAAUUAAUCCAAGAAACUGUUCAUGUGAAGGAUCUGAGAGCAAAUCUUCCAAUCACUUUGGAACACUUUGGGGGGGGUGUCGGUCAAUUGGAGGAUUUUAUUGUGUCACAGUAAAAUUUACCUGAUCCCCACCAGUGGCUCUGUAAUAUUCUAAUGAUACCCCCUCAUUGGUAGUCAAUUUUUUUCUUUAGUCUUGCCUCUAUACUCUGUUGUCGAGGACUGAUCUCCCCCCCCCCC